CCAACCCGAGACAGUUCAGGUUCAGCAUGGAGGCCUUCAAAUUCCUCGGCUUGCACGACCAGGUGUACAUCAGCUGUUCAGUGCUGAUGUGUGAGGCAGGGAGCAGCGGCACCAGGUGCUCACAGGGGUGCAUCAACUCCCCCCUUACUGGGCAUCAUACUCACCGCAAGAGAGAGGCCAUCACUCAGAGCGCCAGGCACUUCAUUUCCCAGGGUCCUCUGCGUUUGAAGAGAUCAGUGGAGAGCACCCGGAGCCCAGGGACCCCCAUGAAUCUGAACCUGGUGUUCAUCGUUGGAUGUCUUCUUGCAGCCGUUGGAAUGAUCACUGCAGUGGCCCUGUACAAAGUCAAAGCAUCAAAGAUCAAAUACCAACCGUUGGCCUCUUUUGAAAACUAAAAAAAGCGGCUAGUUGAGAAUAUCCAUUUAUUUUUCCUGCCUUGUGGGUUAGAAGUGGUUUUAAUUGUGUUAUUAACCACUGUUUACUGUGUAAUCCCAUAUAGCUUUGCAAGUGAUUGUUCUUUCAUGUACUGCAUUAUGAUUCAAAACUUGAUUGAAAUGUGUGCCGCCCAAUCAUAAUAAUGCUAAAUGUCAUCAUUACAUUUUCAGCUUUAACCUCAUUUAUGCUUAAUGUCUCAAUAAAAACAUAUUCUCUUAAAUGUU